AACAGUAGAGGAGAUAUUUCAGAAGAAAAAAAGAUGAGUGGAAUAUCGCAAGACUGGGAGCCGGUAGUAAUCAGGAAGAAGGCGCCUACCUCCGCCGCUCGCAAGGAUGAGAAAGCCGUUAACGCCGCCCGUCGCUCCGGCGCAGAGAUCGAAACCGUUAAGAAGUCUAAUGCAGGCUCAAACAGGGCUGCCUCUAGUAGUACAUCAUUGAACACUAGGAAACUUGAUGAAGACACUGAGAAUUUGUCUCAUGAAAAGGUACCAACUGAACUGAAGAAAGCUAUCAUGCAAGCACGACAAGACAAGAAGCUGACUCAGUCUCAACUUGCUCAAUUGAUAAAUGAGAAGCCACAGAUUAUCCAAGAAUACGAGUCGGGAAAGGCAAUUCCAAACCAACAGAUAAUCUCAAAACUGGAGAGAGCUCUUGGAGCGAAACUUCGAGGAAAGAAAUAAAGUGUGAGCGCACAAGUGAGCCUUAUGGAUCGUCUCUGUCUGUUUGAAUCCAAAAUUUGGUCAUGUACACAAACUUUUCUCUAAACAUUGCUAUGUUUUGCUUAUUGUUAUGCCUGGAUUCACUACUGUUUUCUUUGUUGACUU